CUCCGGUUCUGCAAGCGUGAACUAUUUCAUGCGAUAUGGCUGCUCGCACUCGAUCUGGACUUCAUGCACGCUUACGAACACAGAAUGUUGAUUCAAUGUGGAGACGGAGUGCUGCAGCAGAUGUUUCCUAGGGUUUUCACUUACUCCGCCGAUUAUCCUGAGAAAGUUCUUCUCGCUUGCGUGCGCUACCUAGCACAGUGCCCAUGCCCACGUUGCCUCACACAGAAGACUGACAUCGCCAACAUGGGAUCUCAUGCCAACAUGCUUCGGCGUACCAAACUACGCACAGAUGAUCACCCUGUGCAAUAUGAUAUCUCAAGGAUUGCAUCCAAUUAUUUUAAUAUAUUUGCAGGUGCCACAAUAUUGAUAAUCAAUAUUCAGAGUGCCUUUUCCAUUCAUCUUUCACCGUUUGGCUUCGACUUUUACUCGAUGUUUGUCAUUGAUCAGAUGCAUGAGUUCGAGCUCGGUGUUUGGAAAGCAAUUGUGACCCAUCUUCUGUGCAUUCUCUAUGCAUCGGGUCAUAAUGCUAUUCAAAGGUUUAAUAAAAGGUGGGCACAAUACACUGCUACCCCCAAAAUUUGUUUUAAAGAUUUUAUGACAUUUGUAGAUUUCGUAAAGUUCCUACGUUUGGGCACGAUACAAUUUGGCAAUUCAGCAAUGACAUAUCUGAAUUGA